AUGGCGAGACUCGUGGUAUAUAGUAGUGAUGAGGAGUUUCCAGAUGUAAAUGAGGUGAUUCGAGGGAAAACAGGAACAAAAACAACCAAAACAUCGACGACAACACGAAAAGUAUCUGGGGAAACAAAUAGGAAAGUCGACCGGAAUGAACCAGCAAAAAGUAAUUCAAGGAAGGAGAAGGGAGCGAUGGUUCCAAAUGUCAAGGAAUUGGAUAGCGAUGAGAUAAAUGGUUCUGAGAAUGCAAAACCUAAAGCUAGGAAGCGCAUAUUGAAGCAGAAUGUUAAUUCGGAUAAUCCACUUUUAAAACCAUUGAGUGUGAGCACGAAGAAACUAGGUAUGGAACCUAGGAAGGUAUCAGCUUCUAACUCGGCCGCUCAGAUGCCAAAAGUGUUGAAGGAAGAAUCAGGAGAGAAACCAAUGGCUCGAAAACCUAGGAUACCUGAUUUUGAUGAGAAGCGGAAGCCAACUGCUCGGAAACCUAGGAUACCGGAUUCAGACGAGGAGGAGGAAGAGGAAGAAGACUACUCGGAUGAUUUAUCAGAUUUCAUAGUGGAUGAUGAUGACGAUUCUGACGUGUUCAAGACACUACCAAAAUCAACUCGGAAACUGGUCAGAGGUCGAAGGACAGUGGUGGAAGAAUCGAGCGAUACUGAUACAGAAGAUGAAAUUUUACGCCAACUUCUAGACAGAACUUCAAUCAACAACAAGGAAACACCUCCUGAAUUCAAAGCGCCAGAGUUGAAACCACCUAAAAGAAGCGAGAAAGUCGAGAUUCGACCAGGUACUUCUUCUAGCUUCGAUGAUAAUGGAGCAGUUUUACGAUUAAAAGUCUCCAAAGGGGUUCGAAUAUCAACACCGCCAGGAAGCCCGGAACUCAAACCCCGAGGACUCGUCUCUCCUAAAAAGUUAUCCCGCAUACCAUCUACACCCCAUCGUCCAAGUAUGGAUAGUUUCUGGUCACAAGAUCUCGUCAAUGACUGGAAUGAUCAAUACUCCCCCAUGAAAACACUCCAACCUCUUACCAAACCUAAACUUCAACCUCCUUUCACAUCCAACGGUACCAGUCUCUUUAAGAAACCCGUCCCAGCUAAACCUGCCCGUCUCGAUAAAGAUUUCAAAAAAGCAUUCUCAACAGCUAAACACACCAUCGCGUCUGAUUUCCUCGCCGAGCUCGACUCCAAAAUAACAUCCGGCCAAAUAGCCCAACUCUCCGCUUCCACAGGCGGCGUCCAAAUAAUCUGGUCCAAAAAACUCACCACCACCGCCGGCCGCGCAAACUGGCGACGAGAAACCAUCAAACACACCCCCUUAACCCUAAACCCCCAAGAAACCACCACUCUAAAAUACCGACACUACGCCUCCAUCGAACUCGCCGAAAAAGUAAUCGACGAUGAACCGCGCCUUCUCAACGUCCUCGCGCAUGAAUUCUGCCACCUCGCCAACUUCAUGAUCUCAAACAUAAAAACCAAUCCCCACGGCAAAGAAUUCAAAAUCUGGGCCACGAAAUGUACUUCCGAGUUUGCGCAUCGCGGUAUCGAAGUUACUACUAAACACAGCUACGAAAUUGACUAUAAAUAUGUGUGGGAAUGUACGGAGCAAACCUGCAAAACGCUGUUUAAACGUCAUUCGAAAAGUAUUGAUACCCUGAGACAUAGGUGUGGUGCUUGUAAGGGGGUGUUGGUGCAGAUUAAACCUGUGCCUAGGGGGACGGGGAAGGGGUUGGGGAAGGAGAAUGAGUAUCAGGUUUUUGUGAGGGAGAAUAUGAGGAGGAUUAGAGAGGAGAAUCCGGGGAGUCCGCAGAAGGAGAUUAUGGGGUUGGUGGGGAAGAGGUAUCAGGAGUUUAAGGCUAGGAAGGCUGCGAAUGGUGGAGGGGAGAUGGUGGAUUUAAAGGAGAGUACUGUUGAUGAAGAAGAAGUGGAAGUCGUUUCGAGGAAACUGGAUUUCCUGGAUUUGACGACCCCUUGA